AUGGUAAUUGAUAUACAGUUAAACAAUGUUCGACUUAUCAAACAUGGAUCUGUUGGCGAACAAGCGUCAAAAGAGAGAAAACGGAUACCCCUGAAAGACAGACUGGAAUUGUUUAGAACUCCAGCCAGUCAUUUAAGUGUUGAUUGUGCUGGCAGCGACGAAAGUGAUGAGAAACAACAGAAGACAAAAGCUGCUGGUUAUUUAAGUCUUUCUGGUUACAAACUAUGGGCUCAGACGGCGAUGGCUCACAUUGAAGUAGUCCUCUUAGUCGUUGCUGGCCCUGACGGCAUCGGUCUUCUAGCGGAUUAA